UUGUACAGCAUAUGGUAGUUGUGCUAUAAUCAAUUGAACGAAUUGAACGAAUAAACGCUGUUAUCGAAAUAUUGGAGCAAUAACUAUUUAAAAUAAUUAUGGCGACUUUUAGUGAAGACUUAUUUGACGUUUUUGAUGAGCGUGGCGAUGAUGCCGAAAUACCGGACAUCGCGUUAAAGACAAUCGAACUUGAUGCGAGAUUAAAGCGGCAACAUGACACGGAUGAUGAAAAAUCAAUUGUUAAAAAAUUACGACAAGAUCCUGUGCUGGAUGACAUUAACUUAGAGGAAGUAGCAUGUCGUAUAAAAGUGCAUGCUAUAGACACUAUAGAAUCUUGUACGCAUGAAGUCGCUAUUCCUCCUGAUCAAGAUUAUGUUCCUUUGGAACGUAAUCAGGAUAAACCAGCAAAAGAAUAUAAAUUUAUACUUGAUCCGUUCCAAAAAGAAGCAAUUUUAUGUAUAGACAACAAUCAAUCAGUUCUUGUUUCCGCACAUACAUCUGCUGGUAAAACUGUUGUAGCCGAAUAUGCGGUAGCAUGUUCACUCAGAGAUAAACAGAGAGUAAUAUACACAACUCCGAUUAAAGCGUUGAGUAAUCAAAAAUACAGAGAAUUUUAUGAGGAAUUCAAGGACGUUGGUCUAGUAACAGGCGAUGUUACAAUAAAUCCAACAGCUAGUGUAUUAAUUAUGACCACUGAAAUUUUACGUAACAUGCUCUACAGGGGUUCAGAGAUAAUGCGUGAAGUCGGCUGGGUGAUAUUCGACGAAAUUCAUUACAUGCGCGAUAAAGAGAGAGGCGUAGUGUGGGAAGAGACGCUUAUAUUGCUGCCGGACAAUGUGCACUAUGUGUUUCUUUCUGCUACUAUACCAAAUGCACGACAAUUCGCGGAAUGGGUGGCACAUUUGCACAAUCAACCCUGCCAUGUGAUAUCUACAGACUACCGACCCACCCCAUUGCAGCAUUACAUAUUUCCAGUUGGUGGCGACGGUAUUCAUUUGGUUGUAGACGAAAAUGGCCAGUUUAAAGAGGAAAAUUUUAACAGAGCCAUGGCGUGUCUGCAGAAUGCAGGCGAUGCGGCUAAAGGUGACACAAAAGGUCGAAAAGGUGGUCUACGCGGCACGAAUAGCGGGCAAACAAAUAUUUUUAAAAUGGUAAAAAUGAUUAUGGAGAGAAACUUCGCGCCUGUAAUUAUCUUCAGUUUUUCAAAAAAAGAUUGCGAAUCUUAUGCGAUGCAAAUGGCUAAGCUGGAUUUGAAUACGUUAGAAGAGAAGAAAUUGGUGGAUGAGGUUUUCAAUAACGCUGUGGACGUUCUGAACGACGAGGACAAAAAGUUACCGCAAGUUACAAAUUUGCUGCCGCUUUUGCGACGUGGAAUUGGCAUUCAUCACGGUGGACUCUUGCCGAUUUUGAAGGAGACCGUUGAGAUACUGUUCGGCGAAGGUCUUAUCAAAGCACUUUUCGCCACUGAAACGUUCGCGAUGGGCUUGAACAUGCCGGCGCGGACGGUUCUGUUCACGGCACCCCGUAAAUUCGACGGUAAAGAUUUUCGUUGGAUCACAUCGGGUGAAUACAUCCAAAUGUCCGGUCGCGCCGGCAGAAGAGGUCUUGACGACAAAGGGAUCGUCAUAUUGAUGAUAGACGAGCAAGUUAGUCCAGUCGUUGGUAAAGCAAUUGUUCAAGGAAAACCGGAUCCGAUCAAUUCCGCGUUUCAUCUGACGUACAACAUGGUUCUUAAUCUUCUCCGGGUGGAAGAAAUUAAUCCGGAAUACAUGUUGGAAAGGAGCUUUUUCCAGUUUCAAAAUCAAGCUGGUAUUCCCGCUUUGUACAACAAGGUAACGGAAUUGUACGACACUUAUAAUACCGUGAAUGUCGAGAGGUACGACGAGAUAUCUUCUUAUCAUGACAUACGCGAACAACUUGAUCAGUUGAGCGAACGGUUUCGGUCGUUUUUAACGCGACCGGAAUAUUUGCUUCCAUUUUUGCAACCUGGAAGAUUAGUGAAAGUGAAAAACGGGAACGAAACGUUUGAUUGGGGCAUCAUAGUGAACUUUAGGAAGAAAACCCCGAAAAAUCCAAUGAAAGACAAAACUGUUGUAGUUAUUGACAUUUUACUGCACGUAUCGAAAAGUUCUAAAGAAGGCAAUCCAAUUCCUUGUCGCGAAGAUGAAGAAGGCGAAAUGGAAGUGGUUCCCGUUUUGCAUCAUUUAAUUUCUCAAAUCAGCUCGCUUAGAUUGUAUUACCCAAAAGACCUCAGGCCGUCUGACAAUAGAAAGAGCGUAUUGAAAACGAUACGGGAGGUAACGAAAAGAUUUCCAGAUGGCCUGCCGUUGCUUAAUCCCAUCACAGAUAUGAAUAUAGGAGAUCAGGCCUUUAAAGAUAUCGUGAAAAAAAUUGAAACGUUAGAAAAAAAAUUGUACGCACAUUCUUUGCACAAGGAUCCCAAUGUAAAUAUAUUGUAUGAACAAUUUUUACAUAAAGAAGAAUUAGCUGCACAACUAAAGCAAGCCAAGGAGGAAUUUAAGCAGGCUAAGUCGAUACUUCAAAUGGACGAACUCAAAUGCAGAAAGCGAGUUUUAAGGAGGAUGGCGUAUUGCACAGCGGCGGACGUUAUAGAACUGAAAGGACGUGUAGCCUGCGAACUGAACGGUGCCGACGAGCUACUAAUGACAGAAAUGAUCUUCAAUGGUCUUUUUAACGCUUUAAACGUGCCACAGAUGGUGGCGUUGAUAAGCUGUUUUGUAUGUGACGAAAAAUCAAACGAAAUGCCUAAAAGCACGGAAGAAUUAAGCGGCCCGCUCCGACAGAUGCAGGACUUGGCUCGAAGAAUAGCAAAGGUUUCUACAGAAGCAAACUUGGAAUUGGAUGAGGAUGCGUACGUCGAUAGAUUUAAACCAUUUCUAAUGGACGUUAUAUAUGCUUGGUGUAAAGGCGCAACGUUCUUACAAAUUUGCAAAAUGACAGAUAUAUUCGAAGGAUCUAUCAUCAGGUGCAUGCGGCGUUUAGAAGAGGUACUUCGACAGUUAUGUCAAGCUGCGAAAGGUAUCGGGAAUACAGAUCUAGAGAACAAAUUCAGCGAAGCGAUCAAACUUAUAAAACGUGAUAUCGUGUUCGCUGCGUCCUUAUAUUUAUGAUGCGAAGAAGAACUAGGGUCACAGAGUAACACUUUGUUUUCAUUUUCGUUCAUAUACGUUUCGAUUUGUAUAUCAUUAUUAAAUUAUACAGUCCUAUACGGAUUUCCACUAUACUGUCUGUUAUUUACAUAGUCCAACGUUCACACAAACAGAAAGCAGUUUAUAAAUUGCUCAGAUUCAAUUUAUUCCUGGGAAUUUAAAGUAUAUAAUGUACGUACGCAUGUGGAAAGAACAUUUUUUUUCCUUCUUUUUUUUUUAUAAAAUAAAAUUACAUUUGUCAUAUACGACUCCGUCGUCCACGGAAAAAUGUUCAGCGUAAAAAUGUAAUUGUAAGAUAAACAAGAUUCGAUAAUUGCAUGCCAUCUCGAAAUUGUUAAAUAAAUACAUUUUUGAAGAA